UUUAAAAGCUGAUCAGUGAAGGAUGGCGGCUGUUUGUCCGAAGAGAAGAAGCCGAACUCCGAGCAAAAAUGUCCGCAAGAAAGGUGGAACCUGCAGUCCAGAGCCCGCUGCUGUCCUCCAGUUUCUGUUUCAGCCCCUGGUCCUGUGUUUGUGUGAAGGGCUGGUCUGCAUCCACGUGGAACGGUGUCCCCGACCCACAGCUGGCCGCUUCAGGAUGCUCCACCCCCGAGCCAUGGCUCCUCCCCGGCUGCAGCUUCGUCUAUGACAGCUUGGUCAGCAACACGUGUCCAGUCCCUUCUCCACCUGCAAGUAGUGGCCUGCGAGCACGAGAGCGAGCACCUGGCAGCAAACCUCGCAGACCGUCCAUCCUGGAGCGCUGCAUCCUGAAAGUGUCUACCAGCAGUGUUGCUGUGGGGACGGAUGAUGUGGACAAGAGGUCUGUUACCCUGCAGGUUAACUCCAUGAGGCCCCCGUUCAGCCGUUGUUACCCCCGUCUGCCGGACCCGGUCAAUGCUGAGACCAACACAGCGGUCCUGAAGCGGCGGCAGAAGCAAAUCCAGUAUGGCAAGAACACCAGCGGGUACCAGAACUACCUGCAGCAAGUCCCCAAACACCUGAGGGACCCAAAGCUCCACCCGUCCACUCCCAACAAGUACCGGAAGUACAGCCGGCGUUCCUGGGACAUGCAGGUGCGUCUGUGGAGGCGGGCACUGCACCUGUGGGACCCCCCAGCUGGCGGCCAGCCGGACUCUGCUGACACGCCGGACCCAGUGGAGCAACUGCAGAAGCAGCUGGCCAAGAUGACGUCGGAUCUUUGUGAGGAUGGAGGAGAUGAGCAGAGAGAGAAGGAGACUCCUGCAGCCUUUAAGACCUCCUCCAUGUCUCCUCCAUCAGCCAGGUCGUCUGUGGAGAUGCCAGGAUCGUGGACCGUCCUGUUGUCCCCGCAGCUGGAGACGAGCCGCCAGCCUCUUCGAUCUCCCCCUGGCCUCAGUUACUCCCACAGAGGUCAGCUGACUCCCGAUGACGACGUGAACGAUUGGCUCCGCCUCCUAAUGGAGACUGACAACACCCCAGAUUUCGGCUCUGAUGACCAGCAGGUUCCUGUGUUUUCUGACCAGCUUUUCUGGAAUCCAUACUGACGAUCUGAUGCAGACCAAUCUUGCCUGAUCUUGUCACCGUCAUCUUGGAGGAAUCGGAACAAGACUUUGUCUUCUGAUCCCUGAUGUGCGUUGUUUCCGGAAUUUUCUCGUCUUUUUAAGAAUUUCACAGAUCUACCUCACUGGGAGCAGGGAUGUGAUUGGAUGUGAUUCAAGCUUCAUCCACACAUCCGAUGGUGAGACUGCUGGACACGGGCACGAUGAGCACCUCUCUGUUUGUAUUGAUCUGCAUCUGAUCACCUGUCACCAGCAUCAUGUUUGCAUCCUGCACCAUGAGGAAAGUCACUGUUUGUCACCCUGCCGUCACCUCUGGUCCACUGUCACCUUGGUCCGGAUCAGGCUCCUCAUCCUUGUGUGUCACCAUGUUUUUUCUCAGAAACUGAACCUCAGAGUGGAGGGGAAAGGCCACCACUUUGUGUUGUCCUGAGUUUUCUUUUACUUUUUCUGCUGCUUGAAUUUAUGGAACAAACUUGAAAGAUGUGACUAAUAAAGAUGUAAAUAAAGUGUUAUAAUU